CCUGGGUCUGUGUAACCAGCACACUCUGGUGUUAUAUGUGGUGGUCAUCAUUCCCUGGGUCCUGCUUCAGCUCUACUCUCACAGAGUAAGUUUAACAACACACCACUCUUCUCCAUCUGAGUGGCCAUAGAGACAAGGUAGAAGAACUAGCCUAUCUGUAAGAAUGCUGAAUAGCUGUUAUUGUGUGAUUGUGUCAGGAGCUGUCUGUGUGUGGGCUGAUGUCUCUGGGACUGUGUUUCCUGGGGGGUUUCCUGCCCUACGUCUACCUGCCUAUCUCCUCCUACCUGAACACAGCUCGCUGGAGCUGGGGAGACCAGACUUCCCUCUCAGGCCUCCUUACUCACCUACUGAGGACUGAGUACGGCACCUUCAGCCUGGUACAUACUUCUAUACAUUUAAAAGUACCAACGUACAUAAUCUAUGAGCUUUACCACAAACUCUAGUGUGGGACGUAUGGUUGUGAUUGAUGUGGUUGUUUCUUUCAUAUGUGACCCUAGGCCAAGAUAGAAGGUACCGGGAACCUCAGCAUGAUGCUACAGUGAGUAUGCCCAUCUUUAUUAGGAUAUUAAUUCACUUUAUUUUACAGAUGAAGUCAUUGCUAUAGCAUGAAUUGUUCUGGUGUCUUGCUUUUAAAUGUUGUACAUUUGAAGGUCAUUCAUUGGAUAAUGUGAUCUGUAGAAGAGACAGAGUGGGUUUUGUCAUGGUUUUGGCUCUAGACAGACAGGUUUAAACAUCACACAAAAACCCAUCAGUUCUGUUCUGAAGGAGGGAGGCCAUCCAUCGCCAGUACUGGAGCCCGUCUCUCCCUCCUCACUCCCAAGCUUUUGUUCUUCCCGUUCCCCUCUCGCCCAUCAAAGCAGAACUGAACCUGCUUAGAGGGCCAAAUCUCUGUGUUCUGUUUCUCCAGCAGUUUGAAAUGAUCACUCUGCUCUGGUGUUUAAGCGUGACAAGCUGUGAUGACAGACACUGCAAUAUAGCUGGAUAGAUUUGUUUUCCUCCAACAACCCCCCCCCCCCCCCCCCCUUCCGUCAUCCAACUUCUGUAAUUUUCUAUGGCUGACGACGGGUGGGGAGUAUGCGUCUUAAGACCCCCCACCACCAGUACCCCGCCUGGCCCUCGCCCCCUUCCAUCACCCCCGCUGGUUGAUCGACAAGCACACCUUCAAGACAAGGGAGAGAGGCAAGCAUGUCACAUCGGGGAUGUAAACUCCGCUAGAGAAGCUGACACAGUCUCACACACGUAUGCACACACACACACACACACACACACACAGUCUCUCUCUCUCUCUCUCUCUCUCUCUCUCUCUCUCUCUCUCUCUCUCUCUCUCUCUCUUUCUCUCCUCAAUAUAGAGACUCAAUAAGCCGUCAAACAGAGAUGGGUAUUAAAGAAGAUGCUCUGUGACUGACAGGCACUCUGACGGGGGUUGGUUAGAGGACACAUUCAUUGGUCUCUGUUAAUCGGACGGAAGGGUGGGGACUGGGGGUGCAUACAGUGAACAGAGUUGGUCUGUUUGAUCGGGGAGGGGCACAGUUACUGGUGUAUUCCAAUCUGAUGAAGGGGAAAUGAGAGGACAUUCAGUAAUUGGUGUCCUUCAGUUUGAUGGAGGUUAGAGGGAUGCAGUCAUCAGAGGUUUUUGGUGUGUGUGUGUGUGUGUCAGGGCUCAGCUGGACCACUGUAUGGCUGACCUGUCCCUCCCUGUGCUGGUCCUGGCUGGACUGGGCCUGUUCCUCUUCUCCUGGGACAGGUAAGGAAACACCUGGCAGACCAACCUUGCCUCAGGGCAAUUAUUAGCAUUUGGGAUGUACAUUUGAAUCCCUCCAUUUAGAUAUGUUACAUUACAUUACAUUAUGCAUGGAAUAGUCGUCGUACAAUAUCAUAUUAAGUUGGUAACCAGUUUAUAAUAGCAAUAAGGCACCUCAGGGGUUUGUGGUAAAUGGCCAAUAAACCAGGGCUAAGGGCUAUAUUCAGGCACUCCGCGUUGAGUCGUGCCUAAGAACAGCCCUUAGCCGUGGUAUAUUGGCAAUAUACCACAACCCCUCGGGCCUUAUUGCUUAAUUAACACUCAGAAAGAAAACCCCUGCAAAGUGCACUGAUCUCAACAUGAGGCUAAAAGCUGUCGUGCUGUCAAGGCGCUGUACAAUCAAAAGAAGAAAGGGAGAUUUUGAUGUGUGUGUGUUUUUUGUAUGUCUACUAGUUGUAGUGAUGUGUAUGUGAAUGUAUGUAUCUGUAUGUUGCAGUGCUCUCUGAUGCAGUAAUUCAUUACAGUAGUGGCUAUGCUGGGGUCUGUUGGGUGCCGCUGAUAAGGCAGAGCAGAGCCAGGGAAACCCAUGAGCAGGGCUGUCCCCAGGGCACUGCCCACCCUCUGCCUCGUCCUGGCCACCUCCUGCCCACCUCUGCCUCGUCCUGGCCAUCCCCUGCCCACCUCUGCCUCGUCCUGGCCACCUCCUGCCCACCCUCUGCCUCGUCCUGGCCACCUCCUGCCCACCUCUGCCUCGUCCUGGCCACCCCCUGCCAACCUCUGCCUCGUCCUGGCCACCUCCUGCCCACCUCUGCCUCAUCCUGGCCACCCCCUGCCCACCUCUGCCUCGUCCUGGCUGCCCACCUCUGCCUCGUCCUGGUCACCCCCUGCCCACCUCUGCCUCGUCCUGGCCACCCCCUGCCCACCUCUGCCUCGUCCUGGCCACCCCCUGCCCACCUCUGCCUCAUCCUGGCUGCCCACCUCUGCCUCGUCCUGGCCACCCCCUGCCCACCUCUGCCUCGUCCUGGCUGCCCACCUCUGCCUCGUCCUGGCCACCCCCUGCCUUCCCACCCUCUGCCUCCCCCUGCCUCCCUCUGCCCCCCCCCUGCCUCCCACUGCCUAUGCAAUUUUUUCCAAUUCUCAUUUUCAUUCACAUAAUUAUUAUGUUUUGAUUACCACUAGGGGAUAGUGUUUUUUCGUUAUUUUAUAAAACCUUUUACAACCAUCCUCUGUGCUGUAAUGGUGAUGUGAGGCAGAGUUCUUGGCCCCGUCACACAGUGACUCACAUGCUGUCAUCCAGACCCAGCAUUAGGAAAGCAAUCAUGCUGUGGGCUAUAGAACGUGUUAGCUGUGAUAGUGAGUCUGUCUACAGGCGGUGUGAUGUUAUCUCUCCUGUACCUUGAUGAAUUUGGGUGUGAAUUGCACUGGAUGUAUUUUCAUGUACUUGUUGGGAGGGUGAAAAUAAAUGUGAUAUUGAGAGAGUAAUAAACUCAGCAAAAAAAUAAACAUCCUCUCACUGUCAACUGCGUUUAUUUUCAGCAAACUUAACAUGUGUAAAUAUUUGUAUGAUAACAAGAAAUGGAAUAAUGUGUCCCUGAACAAAGGGGGGAUCAAAAUCAAAGGUAACAGUCAGUGUCUGGUGUGGCCACCAGCUGCAUUAAGUAUUGCAGUGCAUCUCCUCCUCACGGACUGCACCAGAUUUGCCAGUUCUUGCUGUGAGAUGUUACCCCACUCUUCCACCAAGGCACCUGCAAGUUCCCGGACAUUUCUGGGGGGAAUGGCCCUAGCCCUCACCCUCCGAUCCAACAAGUCCCGGACGUGCUCAAUGGGAUUGAGAUCCGGGCUCUUCACUGGUCAUGGCAGAACACUGACAUUCCUGUCUUGCAGGAAAUCACGCACAGAAUGAGCAAUAUGGCUGGUGGCAUUGUCAUGCUGGAGGGUCAUUUUAGGAUGAGCCUGCAGGAAGGGUACCACAUGAGGGAGGAGGAUGUCUUCCCUGUAACACACAGCGUUGAGAUUGCCUGCAAUGACAACAAGCUCAGUCCCAUGAUGCUGUGACACACCUCCCCAGACCAUGACGGACCCUCCACCUCCAAAUCGAUCCCGCUCCAGAGUACAGGCCUCGGUGUAACGCUCAUUCGACGAUAAAUGCGAAUCCGACCAUCACCCCUGGUGAGAUAAAACCGCGACUCGUCAGUGAAGAGCACAUUUUGCCAGUCCUGUCUCGUCCAGCGACGGUGGGUUUGUGCCCAUAGGCGACGUUGUUGCCGGUGAUGUCUGGUGAGGACCUGCCUUACAACAGGCCUACAAGCCCUCAGUCCAGCCUCUCUCAGCCUAUUGCGGACAGUCUGAGCACUGAUGGAGGGAUUGUGCGUUCUUGGUGUAACUCGGGCAGUUGUUGUUGCCAUCCUGUACCUGUCCCGCAGGUGUGAUGUUCGGAUGUACCAAUCCUAUGCAGGUGUUGUUACACGUGGUCUGCCACUGCAAGGACGAUCAGCAGUCCGUCCUGUCUCCCUGUAGCGCUGUCUUAGGCUUCUCACAGUACGGACAUUGCAAUCUGCAGUCCUCAUGCCUCCUUGCAGCAUGCCUAAGGCACGUUCACGCAGAUGAGCAGGGACCCUGGGCAUCUUUCUUUUGGUGUUUUUCAGAGUCAGUAGAAAGGCCUCUUUUAGUGUCCUAAGUUUUCAUAACUGUGCCCUUAAUUGCCUACCGUCUGUAAGCUGUUAGUGUCUUAACGACCGUUCCACAGGUGCAUGUUCAUUAAUUGUUUAUGGUUCAUUGAACAAGCAUGGGAAACAGCGUUUAAACCCUUUACAAUGAAGAUCUGUGAAGUUAUUUGGAUUUUUACGAAUUAUCUUUGAAAGACAGGGUCCUGAAAAAGGGACGUUUCUUUUUUUGCUGAGUUUAUAUAUGGUAUUUCUGUGUAUAUGUCUGUGUAAGGCCAGUGCUCUCAUGGCGAUGCCUGUCCUUCCUCUCCAGGAGGCGCUGUGUUGUUCCCUGGCUGCUGACAGCCAUGCUGCUACUCUACUCCCUGUUCUUCGCCUGGAGAGCCAACCUGGACAUCAGCAGACCCCUACUGCUGGGAGUGGUGAGUGGUGAGCCAUGAGGCUUGGUUAGGGCAGGCAGGGAAACAUGCAGGGAGGCUACAGGAUGGGCCUGAGUUGGGAUGCCACAGUCUCCUCUGCCCCAGGUAAAAGGCUGUGUCGUGUGUUUGGUCUCUCUGCAGGUGGAGCGGUUCUGGCUCCAGAGCGAUGCUGUGGUGUGUGUGCUGGCUGGGUUGGGCCUGAGUUGGACACACACAGGCCUGGAGAGGAGGCUAGGCCAUGGGGGUCUGUGGCGGGCCGGAGGCUGGCUCUUCACUGUAGGUCUCCUGGCACACAUGGUGCACUCCAACCAUCGGUAAGCAUCAUAUCCAGUCAACUGACUUAGGCUUGAUGGCACAUCCUGUGUGUGGUGUUAUAACACUGUAGUAUUUUUACCACCAACUGAUUUCAAGGUUUGCCGGACAAACUAGAAAAUAAAUGUUGUCUUGGAGAUAGAGGGUCGCACACAAAAUGUCUUGAGUAUUUUACUCCCAAAACUCACUCCACACUAGUCUCACCUGAGCUAACCAAAUAGUUCUCACUGUACUUCAAACUGGAGCCCUGCACUCCACAUGCCAGGUAUUUCAUUAUCCCGUCUCUCCUCCCCCCAUGGUAGGGGCUAAAGAGAGGCACGGUUAGCACAUAGAUUUCACUGUGAAUGCUGAGUGUGAGAUGUUAACCAUGAGAGGCAGCAGAUUACACCAGCGUGGUGCUGCACUCUGCCAGGCAGGCUGAGGCCGCCAUCACACAGCUGCUUUGAUCAGGGGGAGAGCCUGGCAUACGCUGUCAGACCCAUCGCACCUGUCUACCCACGAUUAGAGAGGCAGAGCAUGGGCUAGGGCUGUGACAACUUACCACAGAGCAACUUGAAAGCAUGCAUACAGUACAUGAACACACACACACACACACAAUCCUCAGAAGUGAAGACCUGCAAACACAACCUCACUCCUGUGUACACAAACACACACUUGUUAUGUGUCAGUGUGGUUAGAGAAAAUAGCUCCCGUUGACUUGUAAAGGUUUGUGUUGCAUCCCUCCCAGGGAGUGUGAUCAGAGCAUUAACAGUGUUGUGGAGCGGUUCGGCAGGGAGCUUCUGGCCUCUGUUCCUCCAGACUCUAUCAUCCUUACCCGGGGAGACCUCCCAGGGAACUCACUACGCUACCUCCACUACUGCCAGGGGGUCCGGCCUGACGUACACCUCGUUGACCAGGAGGUUAGUGCUGAGCCUUAUAUUGGGCUUAUUUAGGCCCAGGACAACAUGACUAGCUUUAUUAUAUUAUAAUUACAGCUUUAUUAUAAUAGCAUUUUAAAUGGAACUGAAUCUGAUACUAAAGACAGGCCGUACAUGUUAGACAAUAGAGUUGCGAUGAUGAUGAUCUCAGUAAGGCUCCUAUUGACUACUACUCUCUCCCCCUCCAGAUGAUGACGUACAGUUGGUACGUGGCCAAGCUGGGCCAGCAUCACCCUAGGGUUAAUUUCCCUGGCCGCUGGUGGGACCCGGUCCACACUGAGGAGAAGGACUCCUUCAGUCUGGAGCAGUUCCUCUCUCACAACACACAGUGAGUCUGUGAGUGAGUGAGUGAGUGAGUGAGUGAGUGAGUGAGUGAGUGAGUGAGUGAGUGAGUGAGUGAGUGAGUGAGUGAGUGAGUGAGAGAGAAUACUGCAGAGAUAAAUACUGUGUCUAUCUCUAUGGAGAAUGCAUGGAUGGAAAGAAUGGACUAGUGAGAAAUUGAGAAAAUUAAUCAAGAGGACUGAGAAAGUGUGAGGAAUGGUAAGGUUGAAUGGGAGCACUGAGUGGUUGAUACAGUGAUCGGUGCAUGGAGGAGAUAAGCCCAAAGACAUAACUUCAGCCAUCUGUGGGAAAGAAUGCAGAGAAAUACUGAAUACAUAAUGAGUAUAUAUAAUUUACUGUGUGACUGCUGUAUCCAUCUGACUAUAGUAGUCUGGGGAUACAGAGAACAAAUGGGUUGGACAGGAGUCCUUUAAAUGCCAAACCCACCAGGGGGCAGUGUUUGCUUGGCCAACAUGAACGUAACCAAGGAAGCAACACUGACCAGUGGGAUCAACCCUUUAGGGGACAGCACUAGAGAGGAGAAUGAAGCAGUAGGGAUGGGAGAUGGGAGAGAGCUGAAUGGUGUGUGCACAUGCUUGUGUGUGUUUGUUGGGUAAGAGGUGGAGGCAUAUGUGCUUCCCAUGUAUGCCUAUUCAGUUCUAUCAGCAGCCACCUGGGCGGAGAGUGAGUAGUGUUUGAGGGGAGAUAGAUAGCUGGGGGUAGGCCCUUUCAGGGGUUUCCAGCCCUGUGGUUCUGCUCUGCCCACUUCAGAAGCACGGUGCCUGCCUGGUUGUGUGUGUCUGCAGGGGGGCCGUACUGGCCUGCAUCGGGCUGCCUGACGGGGACCCCAGCUGGGAGAGGAGCUUCUCUCGCUGGCCCCUAGGCGUGUGUGACCACCUGGUGCCUGCCCAGGAGCACUUCCACCCGGAGGAGUGGGCCCGCCGCACCCGCUACAUCUACAACUGGACUGAGCCACACAACAGGUACACAGUACAUUACACACAUCCCAGAGGGCCCUCUGGAGGGGUGGGGGGGCCAGCUCAGCAGGAGAAGCCUACAGUCCAUGGGGAGUCUAAGGGCUUCUGCUAGUCGCCAUGGAAAUGGUCAUACUGUAGACCACAUCAAACUCAUUCCACGGAGGGCUGAGUGUCUGCAGGUUUUCCUUCCUCCCUUGUACUUGAUUGAUGAAUUAAUGUAACUGAUUAGUAAGGAACUCCCCUCACCUGAUUUUCUAGGUCUUAAUUGAAAGGAAAAAACAAAAGAGGAAUCUUCUGUUCAGUGAUACUCUUUGGUGUUGACUAUACCUUCUCUAUGUGGUCUUUCACAAUACUGGCUGAGAACCGACGUUCCUACGGCAAGGUUUCCUCUGUUCUCCCUGCUCUGAUCCAGCAGCUCUUUCUGCGUUAUACCAAAGCAAGACAUUAGGCCUUCAGCUAUUUGAAAUGAGACUGAAGAUUAAACAUAAUGAGUUUCUUAUUGCGUUUUGUCAAUAAGUGUGUCAAAAGUGGAAUUAGUCAAAGCUCCAUAUUCUGUUGCUGUUGCCAGCAGCCCCUCAUUCACUGCGAUAAUCAUGGCUGAAUACUGUGACAUUAUUUCCCUCGCCCUCACUACAAGCGUGUCCGUCGAUGCCCGCAAGCCAAAUAUUAGCUCAGAACACUGCUAAAAUAGGAUUUUGAAGAAGAGGUCAAGUGUUUCUACGUAACAAAAUGAAACAGGAUAUAUGGUUCCUUCCAUGGCUGAUGUGUUGGUAUUGUUGCUCUGCCGUCUGAUGUUUUGACAGUACUAUAUACACUACCGUUCAAAAGUUUGGGGUCACUUAGAAAUGUCCUUGUUUUCCGAAAGAAAAGCAAUAUUUAUUUUCCAUUAAAAUAACAUCAAAUUGAUCAGAAAUACGGUGUAGACAUUGUUAAUGUUGUAAAUGGCUAUUGUAGCUGGAAACGGCUGAUUUUAAAUGGAAUAUCUACAUAGGCGUACAGAGGCCCAUUAUCAGCAACCAUCAGUCCUGUGUUCCAAUGGCACGUUGUGUUUGCUAAUCCAAGUUUAUCAUUUUAAAAGGCUAAUUGAUCAUUAGAAAAUGCUUUUGCAAUUAUGUUAGCACAGCUGAAAACUGUUGUGCUGAUUAAAGAAUCAAUAAAACUGGCCUUCUUGAGACUAGUUGAGUAUCUGGAACAUCAGCAAUUGUGGGUUUGAUUACAGGCUCAAAAUGGCCAGAAACAAAUAGCUUUCUUCUGAAACUCGUCAGUCUAUUCUUGUUCUGAGAAAUGAAGGCUAUUCCAUGCGAGAAAUUGCCAAGAAACUGAAGAUCUCGUACAACGCUGUGUACUACUCCCUUCACAGAACAGUGCAAACUGGCUAUAACCAGAAUAGAAAGAGGAGUGGGAGGCCCCGGUGCACAACUGAGCAAGAGGACAAAUACAUUAGAGUGUCUAGUUUGAGAAACAGACGCCUCACAUGUCCUCAACUGGCAGCUUCAUUAAAUAGUACCCGCAAAACACCAGUCUCAACGUCAAGAGGUGACUCCGUGAAGCUGACCUUCUAGGCAGAGUUGCAAAGAAAAAGCCAUAUCUCAGAAUGCCCAUCUUAAUCUUUAAUUUUUAUUGGCCAGUCUGAGAUAUGGCUUUUUCUUUGCAACUCUGCCUAGAAGGUCAGCAUCCCGGAGUCGCCUCUUCACUGUUGACGUUGAGACUGGUGUUUUGCGGGUACUAUUUAAUGAAGCUGCCAGUUGAGGACCUGUGAGGCGUGAAAGUUAUUUGUUUCUGGCCAUUUUGAGCCUGUAAUCGAACCCACAAUUGCUGAUGCUCCAGAUACUCAAUUAGUCUCAAGAAGGCCAGUUUUAUUGCUUCUUUAAUCAGCACAACCGUUUUCAGCUGUGCUAACAUAAUUGCAAAAGGGUUUUCUAAUGACCAAUUAGGCUUUUUAAAUGAUCAACUUGGAUUAGAAAACACAACGUGCCAUUGGAACACAGGACUGAUGGUUGCUGAUAAUGGGCCUCUGUAUGCCUAUGUAGAUAUUCCAUAAAAAAUCAGCCGUUUCCAGCUACAAUAGCCAUUUACAACAUUAACAAUGUCUGCACUGUAUUUCUGAUCAAUUUGAUGUUAUUUUAAUGGACAAACAAAUUGCUUUUCUUUUCGAAAACAAGGACAUUUCUAAGAGACCACAAACUUUUGAACGGUGUUGUAUACUCACAUUAGGUUUGUGAAAACCUAAACCUGCACACUUGGUUGAACAACAUACACUGAACAUAAAUAUAAACGCAACAUGUAAAGUGUUGGUCCCAUGUUUCAUGAGCUGAAAUAGAAGAUCGCAGAACACCAAAAGCUUAUUUCUCUCAAAUUUUGUGCACAAAUUUGUUUACAUCCCUGUUAGUGAGCAUUUCUCCUUUGCCAAGAUAAUUCAUCCACCUGACAGGUGUGGCUUAUCAAGAAGCUAAUUAAACAGCAUGAUCAUUACACAGGUGUACCUUGUGCUGGGGACAAUAAAAGGCCACUCUAAAAUGCACGCUUUGUCACACAACACAAUGCCACAGAUGUCUCAAGUUUUGAGGGAGCGUGCAAUUGGCAUGCUGACUGCAGGAAUGUCCACCAGAGCUGUUUCUAGAGAAUGUAAUGUUAAUUUCUCUACCAUAAGCCACCUCCAACAUCGUUUUAGAGAAUUUGGCAUUGCGUCCAACCGGCCUCACAAACGCAGACUACGUGUAUGGCGUUGUGUGGGCGUGCGGUUUGCUGAUGUCAGCGUUGUGAACAGAGUGCGCCAUGUUGGCAGUGGGGUUAUGGGUGGCAUAAGCUACGGACAACGAACACAAUUGCAUUUUAUCGAUGGCAAUUUGAAUCUCACAGAGAUACCGUGACGAGAUCCUGAGGCCCAUUGUCGUGCCAUUCAUCCGCCGCCAUCACCUCAUGUUUCAGCAUGAUAGGCUAAUGCAUGGCCCCAUGUCGGAAGGAUCUGUACACAAUUCCUGGAAGCUGAAAAGGUCCCAGUUCUUCCAUGGCCUGCAUACUCACCAGACAUGUCACCCAUUGAGUAUGUUUGGGAUGCUCUGGAUCGACGUGUACGACAGCAUGUUCCAGUUCCCGUCAAUAUCCAGCAACUUCGCACAGCCAUUGAAGAGGAGUCGGACAACAUUCACAGGCCACAAUCAACAGCCUGAUCAACUCUAUGCGAAGUAGAAGUGUUGUGCUUCAUGAGGCAAAUGGUGGUCACACCAGAUACUGACUGAUUUUCUGAUCCACGCCCCUACCUUUUUUUAAAGGUAUCUGUGACCAACAGAUGCAUAUCUGUAUUCCCAGUCAUGUGAAAUCCAUAGAUUAGGGCCUAAUUAAUUUAUUUCAAUUGACUGAUUUCCUUAUAUGAACUGUAAAAAUAUUUUAAAUUGUUGCAUGUUGCGUUUAUAUUUUUGUUCAGUAUAUAUUAACACCAAUAAUGAUACAUAAUUAAUAUGAUAGUGUGGGAGGAAUGAUGCAUAAGAAAAGGCCCAGAGGUGUUGAGAUAAAGAACUGUUUUUGUGUCUGGUUCCAGUUUCCACCCAGGGUCCUGGGAGAGGGUGGCUAAUGAGGAGAUGUGGCAGGCCAGGUACAGUAAAGAGUUAACAUUGAAGACACUGACUCUUUUUUUCUCUGUUACAGUCACUGUAUAUGUAUAGUUUACAGAUAGAGCCUCUAUGACAGAUCACCCUAGUCUGCUAGCUAAAACAUCUACAUAACCCACUCUGGUGUGGUAGAGCACCAGCUAUUCUACAUGAAAUACUGUUAUGUAGCUAGCAUCUACAUAAAUCACUCUAUUCUGCUAGUGCAUCUCUGCGGAUAGAUCUCCACGGUUCAUCCAUCCAUCCAUCCAUCCAUCCAUCCAUCCAUCCAGCACUUAGCCUGUGAUGUAUCCUCUUUGUUUCAGGAUGAAGACGGCUUUCUUUCUGUUUGACCUGGCUGAGAGGAUCCAGGGAGAAGGGAAAGCACGCUUGUUUGAGCUCUCCUACACAGUGAGUCAGUCCUCCCAUAGCAAACAUAUAGGAGUAUGAGCAUUAACCAUAAGAUUAUGGUUGUUGUGUACAAGUUGUGUUCUUUGUGAUUGGCAGCUGUAUAAGGAGAUUGUGGAGGCGCACACAGACUACCCUCCCAACUGGGAUAAAAACCUGGCCCUGGCCAGCGAGAGGCUCCUGCGUUCAGGGAAGCAGGGCCACAGCCCUGACAGCCUUUUGACCUGCAGCAUCCAGCACUUCAGCCUGUACCUGGACAAGGAGCCCACAGACUCCCAGGCCCCCGCCAUCCGCACCGCCGUCUCCCACCUGCUGCAGGAGAGGACCAGGCUCCGGCAGAGACCCACCCCGUGAGGUAUGGCAGGGUCAGAUGGCGCAGGCACACAGGGAGUGGGCUUCAACUGAUACUGCAGGACACCAUGGAGACUCUCUGAGGAGGAGAGGUCCUCUCAACUCAUUGUAGAAAGGAGGUUCCAGUGUGGCAGCCAGGGGAUGUUGACUGGCCCCCAGGCUACAUCUGGUGCUCUAGCCUCAGGGAUUGAACACACCCAGUACAGUGGAGAGUAGACUGGGCUCUUUGAAGGUGUUUGGAUACCUGCAUUCAUCAUGGGAAAAUGUAUGUAUGAUGACCUGGACCAUUCUGUGAUGAAUAAGGUGCAUGAAAAACAUCCCUUGUCAAAGACUUGGCUACAACAUGGGACCUAAUAUGGAGGUGGUGCUGACGAUGGGGCUCUUUGUGAUGAGGUGGGGUUGUCCAGUCAAACAGGAAUCUGGCUGCACCUCACACUGCGGGAAUGUUUUCCACUGGGGACAUUACAUGACUUUUGCAGCCUGGACCGAACCAAAUCAAGCUGUUCAUGUCUCCCCCACACACACACUUUUAUUUACUAUUUCCCUUUCCCUCUCUCAUUUUUCUGUCUCUCUGCAUCUCUUUCUCACAGCUUUUAAAGUUGUGAUUAUGCAGCCGUGGCCUCCUGCUGAUUUAGUUAUCUUUUUCUCCCAUUAGGUGUCAGGGCUGAGAUUGAGGGAAACCCAAUUUGGGUGCAGAAAUGGGGGAUUAGAGCAGGCUCUUAAUCUGUGACAGACUUGUGCAGUGCCACGCUGUCGCUGUCCUGGGCUCUGGGCUCUUAGCAUGACCCUGGCUCCUAAUCGCCACCGCUGCCCACUGACUAUCCAUCCAUCUGAGUUGGUCCUUUAAAAUCUAAUGGAUUAAAUUAGCUUUUUUUCUCUCUCUUUGACGACAGAGCUAUAAUCCCUCAUGGAUUUAAAUGAAAUAUGAAAUGUCACAAUGCCAGGGACCCUUUUAGAGGUGUGUGUGUGUGUGUGU